CUUUUUUCUCCAUACAUAUGCCUCUUUCACCGCUCAACCAUCAAAACUUAAUGUUCAACUUCUUCGGUAUCCCAACACGAUGCAGUUGCUUUACAGUACCUAGAAUAAGACAACACACGAGGUCGGGUCGGUGAAGGCCAAGGCUGUCUAGAUUCCAAGCUAUUGCCACCGGCAAAUAGCGGCAAAAAGAAAAAAGAGCGCCCCCCCUCACCCUCCAGUUCCCCAACCACCCUGAGCACACUCUACACACCUACCAAGACUUCCCAACACCCACAUUUGCAGAUCUCUGGACCUCUUGUGCUCCAAUCCGGACGCUAAUCAGUCUAGAAGGCGCCGUCCCUGUGCGCCAUUUCUUUGCCUCCCCCCAGAGCGCCAAUGUUUCCUUCCGGAGGAAUGGGCCCCCUAUAACCCCUCCUUUCCAAUCGGCGUUCCCAUUCGCUGGCAUGGCUGGGAACACUCCAACUUGUUGGCCUACUAUCUGUCGGGCCUAAGGUCGGCCAAGGCGGUGAUCUCCAGGGUCCUUGCCGUUUUCUGACUUUAUUUAUUUUUUUAGUCUCUUUUUGGAUUUUUUUUCCCUUACCACGGUCCAGUAGGUGGGGAGUGAAGAGAACAGAACAGACAAUGCCUUGCAUGCUAGGCUUCGGGGAGCUGAAUAAGUGUUUAGCUCCCCUUGGAUACCGUUUAUACUCUCGCGACCAGCCUUUGUCUGUGUCAUGUCUGACUCUUGCUUCGUUACUGUCUGAUCACUAAGGCAGGAGUUCUGACUUUCUGCCCCUUCUUUUUCUACCUCCCUGGUGUAUAGUGAUUUCGCCGUCUUUCACCUCUGGGUCAAGGCGAGACGAGGCUGGUGUCAAAUCUACUGGUAGCCCUCUUUUUGAACGGCACUACUUGCCGAGCUGGCGACUCGAGUCCGACAGCGGUUAAACACUACCCCUACCUUCGCGAUCGUUGUCUCAAGUCCAUUUCGAAUCCUAUGUCGUCCAAACCACCUCUUUCUACCUAUCGUAUCUAUCUAUAGCUAGGUAGAGACAAGCAAAAUUUUCUUUUCAGGGAAGAAAUUCAACUUUGAAAAGACAGAGAACAAGAGAGACACAAUGGAUUCGGCUACUUCUAUGCCCGCAGGCGCCAGCGCGUCCCAAUCAACACCAAACACAGCACACCCAGUUACUCCCGAUACUGCUGCCAGCAACAGGACGCUCCUGCUGCCGGCAAUGGAUUUCAUAAGGACACAGUCACGGGAGCUGAGGUCAUCGCUACGUCUACAACGGGAUAUAUUCGUCGACGGCUGGACCGGUCGAUUCGACGAUAUGUCGGAGCAGAUCGCCGAGGACAAGAGACAGGCCCGGGCACAUGUCUGCCGGGCCAGAUACGCCGUUCGAGAGCGGUUGGAAAACGUUAAAGAAAGGAGGGCUCGAGAGAAGGCUGGUGCCCCAAAGAGCUUCCCGCAGCUCUCUCUUUUACCUGCAGAGAUUCGUUUGCAGAUCUGGGAAGAGGCCAUCCCGGGGUCGCGGGCCGUGGUCCUGUGCUCUCCAUACUCAGCCACGGAUACUCUGCUUGCAGAGCUGAGGCUUAUUGUACCGCAAGUAAGAAGACGAGGGGCUCCUCAUGGCACGAACACCGACGGCGGUAGUGUUGUUGUCAUAAAUGCAGAUGACAGCAACGAGGCUGAAACGGAUGAUACCACCGCUACUAUACCCAUAACCGCCACUCCCACCCCGACAAACAAGACUACCACCACUACCACCAGCAAGCUCCUCAAGACAAAACCCAAAAUCAGAGGCUGGACAAGCUCCACGUCACCACCAGCAAUGCUCCACGCCUGCCACGAAUCCCGAACCGUAGCUCUCAAGCGGUAUGAGCUCGUUCUCGGCUGCGAGGACGGCCAGGCCCGCAUCUACGCCGACCUGAGCCGGGAUGUCAUCUGCCUGUCGGGCAGAGUGGUCUCGCCGCGCUGCGCCGCGCUCUGGCGCCAGACGAUUGGCCUCGACCGCAUCCGCCACCUCGCCGUCGCCGGCUGCCCAUGGGCGCUGUGGAGCAGCACGAACGGCGUAACCGACGGCCUCGCGCAGAGCCUCCCGCCCGCAGACCUGUUGCGCUCCAGCUUCGCCGCCCUCGAGGACGUCGCCGUCGUCCGAUCCGUGCGCUGGCAAUACGGCCGCCUGCCCGGCGGCGCUAUGAGGGACUUCGACCGCUGGGCGAGGGAGGAGGAGGCUGCCGAGGGUUUGGAGAGAUUACAUACCAAGUGGCGGGACGGGGUCAUGGCUAUAAGAAGUGGAGAUCACAAGUCGACAGAGGAUGAGGAUCAGCAACAGCAGACUGACGGUCAAGCAAAUGGUGAUCUAUGAUGGAUUUUGCAUGUUGGGCGUUUAUAUGGUUGGGAAACAAACAAAAGGCGUACCGGGUUGGCUUAACGGUUGGAAAUCUUUUGACGAAUUAGAUCGUGUUGUUUUGCUCGAAUGUUGCGAGAGGGCAAUGAUUCAGAUCCCAUAUGGGAUGGUUCCAUCACUUUUCAUCCUUAAUUCAUUUGAUAGCGUGCUGGAUAUAUAAAAAACAAAGUCUAAUAUGACAAAGGCUAAAUGAUUUCUAAAGUAAAACCAUCGUCCAGAC